AUGAGGUCCAUCAAACCAAAGGCUCUGAUAGCGUCAUGUAUUGCGCAUGCUCCACGCCCACCGGAUGCGGAAAGGUCCGUUGAGAAGUUAACGAGCGCACGUGGAGUUACUUCUUUGGCAUACCUGAUAGUGAGAAAUACAUCACAAAAUAAAGCCACAUUCCCAUGCUCUGAGAUUCUUAUGCACCUCCUCAACAAUACAUGUGACGUGUAUGUGGCAGUGCAAGCAUUGUGUUACCAGAGAGAGCAGCAGGUCAGCAUGAUGCCCCAGCCCAUAAGACUGAGGAUCAUUCUCGGAGAAGAUGAUGCCAGGAAACUAAUUUUACCAGCUGGGAUAUCAGACUCCAUUCAGGAAUUGUGUCAGGAAAUAAAGACAAAUUUUGGAGUGCAACAGGAUUUUCGUCUUCAAUAUCAAGAUCCUGAUUUCGGAAAUGAUUUUAUUGACAAGGAAUUCCUGCGCAUAUCGACAGUACCGCUGCUAUCUAGAUUCUUUUAUGAGCUAGACUUGUACACUCCACGCAUGAUGGAGCUCUUUCGAGGCAAAGGUGGGGUGGCUGGCAGAAAAAUGAGACACAUCAUGGUGGCCAUCUCCAAGGAUGACACAAUACAUACAAGACGAGCAUGCAUCCUGAAGUCCUUGUGUGUCUACCUGAAUGAAGACCAUGAGAAACUUGUGAAGGAAUAUACGAACACUGAGGCCAACACUGAAGCCAUGGAACAAACUGUGAUGGGAGUGUAUGUCAUACAUCAGGAGGGUGCGGAGCCUGGAGAUGACCCAGAGAACAUCGGUGUCCUGAUUGAAGGCGUGGAGGUUCUCACUGGUUUGAGGAGCAUUGCAAUUGCUUGUGCUCUGUUAUUUGGACUGAUAUACUGUCUGAACCUAAGCUACCCACCGGAGCUCAAAUGCACUUUUGAAGUCUUGCAAAAGAUUAUCAUGAAGCUGGAUGGACAGAGGUUGUCAUCCAAGGCACAGUUCCUAAAAAACAAGCUAAUGGGGUGA